CCCCACCACCCCAAAAUCCAUCUCCUCUGCUUCCCACCCUCACCAUACCGCCUGGGUGUCAUCUUGGGUGUUUCAUUUAGCUUCCACCAGAACUGACGCUCUUGUUUCGCAGCUGUAUCCUCGUUUUUUCUCCCAUCGUCGCCUAAAAUCAACAUGCCACCAUCUUCAGUCCCACAGGCGCCUCACAAGGAUGAUUUGGACGAAACAUGGUCGUUCCUGGAGAGGGGUGUCGACAGUGUGAUGUUGAAAUUGGAGGAGGGGGUGGACAUGAAGACUUACAUGGCCUUGUAUACCGCGGUUCACAAUUUUUGCACAUCUCAAAAAGCUGUCGGUAAUGGCCAUGGAUUACAAGCACAUCGCGGUGCACAUCUGCUAGGAGAGGAGCUAUACAAGUUGCUCGGAGAGUAUCUGUCGCGCCAUCUCGACGCGGUGCAUCAGGAGUCCAAGGGUCACACCGAGGAGGCCCUGCUUGGAUUCUAUAUUCGCGAAUGGACCCGUUACACGACAGCCGCCAAGUACAUCAACCAUCUUUUCGGUUACCUCAAUCGGCAUUGGGUCAAGCGGGAGAUCGACGAGGGUAAAAAGAACGUGUAUGAUGUGUAUACUUUGCACCUCGUAAAGUGGAAGGAUGACUUCUUCAUGAAGGUCCAUGAGAAGGUUAUGGACGCUGUUUUGAACCUUGUCGAGAAGCAGCGAAAUGGUGAAACCAUCGAGCAGUCGCAGAUCAAGAGCAUUGUCGACUCCUUUGUUUCCCUCGGAUUGGACGAAAGCGACAGCUCCAAAUCGACGCUUGAAGUGUACCGGUUAUUCUUCGAGAAGCCCUUCAUCGCAGCUACCAAAGUCUACUACGAAAAUGAAUCGCGCCAAUUUGUGGCAGAGAACAGUGUGGUGGAAUACAUGAAAAAGGCGGAGGCCCGCUUGGAAGAAGAAAAGGCUCGUGUGGGCUUGUACUUGCACCCGGAUAUUUCCAAACAUCUAACCGACACAUGCUUGGAAGUCCUUGUUACGGCCCAUUCAGAACUUUUGCGCGAUGAAUUCCAGGUUCUCCUAGACAAUGAACGGCAAGAGGAUCUUGCUCGGAUGUACCGGCUUUUGUCUCGCAUUAAAGAUGGCUUGGACCCCCUACGGACGAAAUUCGAGACCCAUGUCAGGAAAGCAGGUUUGGCAGCAGUCGAGAAGGUCGCAGCAGAAGGCCAAACAUUUGAACCCAAGAUGUAUGUGGAUGCUUUGUUGCAGGUACAUACAAGGUACCAAAGCCUGGUAAACGAGGCCUUCAAUGGUGAAUCUGAAUUUGUGCGCUCCUUGGACAAUGCUUGCCGUGAGUUCGUCAACCGCAACAAGAUCUGCGCGUCGAGUUCAACGAAAUCACCAGAGCUACUGGCUAAAUAUACCGAUUCGCUGUUGAAGAAGGGGUCCAAGGCUGCCGAGGAGUCCGAAUUGGAAGAGAUGCUGGUCCAGAUCAUGACAGUUUUCAAAUAUAUUGAAGACAAAGAUGUUUUCCAGAAGUUCUACUCGAAGAUGCUUGCCAAACGACUGGUGCAUGUGAGUUCCGUAUCUGAUGAUGCGGAGACGAGCAUGAUUAGCAAGCUCAAGGAGGCCUGUGGUUUUGAGUACACCAACAAAUUGCAGCGCAUGUUCCAGGAUAUUCAGAUCUCAAAAGAUCUCAACGCAAGCUACAAGGAUUGGCAAGACAAGGUUCUAGAUGACGAUGAUCGAAAGAGGCUGGUAGAUGCACACUUCCAGAUCCUGGGAACUGGAUUCUGGCCCCUUCAGGCUCCGUCGACGGAUUUCCUUGCACCGCCGGAAAUUCUUAAGACAUCCGAGCGAUUCCAAAAGUUCUAUUUCGACAAACACAAUGGUCGGAAGUUGACAUGGCUUUGGCAGCUUUGCAAAGGUGAAAUUAAAGCCAACUACAUCAAAAACACCAAGGUCCCUUAUACUUUCCAGGUGUCGACCUUCCAGAUGGGCGUUCUUCUCCUGUUCAACGAACACGAUACUCUAACAUACGAGGACAUUCAAAAAGCUACAAAUCUUGCUCCUGAAAUUCUUGAACCAAAUUUAGGCAUCCUCCUUAAGGCAAAGGUGCUCGUCAUCAGUCCUGAUGGAUCCAAGCCGGAACCUGGAACCUCAUUCACUUUGAACUACAACUUCAAAAACAAAAAGGUUAAGGUCAAUCUAAAUAUUCAGAUCAAGUCGGAACAAAAGGUGGAGUCGGAUGAUACACACAAGACUAUAGAGGAGGAUCGUAAGCUACUGCUUCAGUCUGCCAUCGUUCGAAUCAUGAAGUCGCGCAAGAAGAUGAAGCACGUCCAACUUGUUCAGGAAGUGAUCCAACAAGUCAAAUCCCGUUUCCCACCUAAAGUACCCGACAUCAAGAAGAACAUCGAAGCUCUCAUGGAAAAGGAUUAUAUAGAGCGCUUGGAUGGUGAUGAGAUCGCUUAUAUUGCAUAAUGUCUAGAAAUUCCCUUUAUUGCCCCCUUUCCCAGUUGCCUUAUGUUAGCGCCGGUAUUUCUCACUGGUU